AUGGCCAUGGUUCAACCCGUAAAGGACCUUCAAGAGUUCAAGGACAUCAUCAACGGCGACACCGUUGCUAUUUUCGACUUCUGGGCGACCUGGUGCGGCCCGUGCAGGUUCAUCUCGCCCAUUUUCGAGAAGCUCGCCGGCCAGGAUGGGGGCGCCAAGUUCUACAAGGUCAACAUCGACGAGGCGGCGGAUGUCGCGGAGGAGGUCGGCAUCCGUGCGUUGCCCACGUUCAUCGCCUUCAAGAGCGGCCAGAAGAUCAACGAGGUUGUCGGCGCGAACGCCAGCGACCUCGCGGCUAUGAUCGAGAGCAGCGUGGCGGCAUGA